UCUAGAAGCCGAAUCCCAGAUAAGUUGCAUACAAUCUCUUUGUCUUUUUUAGUUUAUAUUAUAAUUAAAAAAUCUCUUUAUUAAAGCGGCCAAGAAAUCUGAUUUAGCAACGUUAUAUAUCUCUUCUCAUAUAUACACAUGUACAUGUAAAGAGAGAUUCAUUUGUGUGUUGUGCUUGUGUUUUUGUAAUAUUCCAGGAAAGGAAAAAAAAAUCAAAUAAUGAACAUGACAAAGAACAACGUCGUUGAAGUGUCACCAUUUUUGUUCAUGGAAGCAUCUGCAGAUUCCGAGACGACCCAUCAGGAACGUGGACACGAUGGAGAUGAUGUGAAAGGUCGUGAAGAAUGUGGUGAAGAUGCUGAGUCAUGCAGGUGCGAGACGUCAACGAGUCAAAGGACGAGUAGGUCAACGGAUUUUGACCCGGUUGAAGAAGAAGCUGACGUCGCCGGAGAAAAUGAAGAUGACGAUGAGGAAGACGGAGAGGUGAAUAGUUAUGGGAGAGACGGCGAAAAGCUGACAGUUGAUUCAUCUUCGAGGUUGAUGAGUGAGAUUGAAAAAAGUCGAAUGUUUUGGGAAGCUUGUUUGGCUUCUUAAUACGUACAGUAUAUAUGUUAUAUAUUCUGUAUUAUUCUACAUUAAGUUAUAGACUUAUAAUCGGUUACGUGUUUGAAUGUAUUGAUGAGAUACAUCUGUUGUAAAUUUGGAGUAGUAAUAUACAUGUGAUUUCCCGACUUAUAGCGUAUAGAUGUUUUUCUUUUUCCCUUUUGUUCCGUUUAUCUAAUGUCUCAUCAUAUACCAUGCACUAGUUUCCGGUUAAAAUUUGAAAGGCAAGAAAAGCAAUCGAGAGAGAAGAAAAAAAGAAGUUGUCG